AUGGCGGAGGAUACAGCCAGCGCUAUUUUAAAGGAUGAGGAGGCCUUAGGCCUUCGAGAAGAGAAAAAGACAGAAGACUUCUCAGCGCAAGCAGAUGCGCUUAUACAACGCGUUGAACAAGCGAGACAGGCAAGUCUCCAGGGGCGAAGGAGUACGGAAGGUCUGCGUGGCGCUCAAGUGUUUGGAGACGAGAUCCUUGCCCUAGAGAAGAAAUGCAGACAGGCGCAAGACGGAGCGAGCGGCUCUCGUCUAUGUGCAUGUUAUUUGCGUUGUUUUGUUAAAGUACAGGAUGCAGAGAAGAAAGAAAUAGUUCUUGAUCCUGAAGCAGAGUUGUUGGUGGAUGCAUUAGACCCAGAAACCCUCGAAAAUGUUGAUAAAGAAGAACCCGGGUGCACAGUCACCUUCUCAGAUGCAAGGGGAGUUGAAGCCUUUGCACAAGAAGUAAUUGUUUUAAUCAAAAGAAGAGGCCAGCUCAAACGCAGCAUCUGCGCCGUCAUUCGCUUCAGCAUGCAGCUCUUGAAAUACCUUAAACCCACAGACAAAGCACACUUCAUAGAAUCUCUAAAAACAGCAACCGAGGGAAAGAUAUUUGUAGAAGUUGAACGCGCCAGACUCAUCUUGCUGUCUGCACUGAUGAAGGAAAAAGCAGGGAAAGUAGAGGAGGCUGCGCUGAUGCUGCAGGACGUCCAGGUGGAAACUUUCGGUGCGAUGGAGCGGGAGGAGAAGACGAAGUACAUUCUGAAGCAAAUGGUGUUGUUACUGAGGCGAUCAGAUUAUAUCCGCUGUCAGAUCGUCAGCAAGAAGCUGAGCCCUAAGCUGCUGGAAGCUGCUGAUCUUCAUCCUCUGAAGAUAAAAUUCUAUGAACUCAUGACGCUCUAUUAUCUGCAUGAAAACGCACUACUCGAUGUUGCAAAAUGCUUCGGACAUAUUUAUAAUACGCAAAGUAUUCAAGAUGAUCCAGCCAAAAUGAAAGAGUGUUUGGAGUUCUUCGCUAUUUUUAUGGUCCUCGCGCCGUACGACAAGGAGGCUAAGGAGCUCAUUGAAAAGACCUUAAAAGAGGAGAUAAAGAAGCUGCAGCAGCUGCCCACCUUCGAACAACUCUUGAAGGACUUGUCGGGUGUUGAGCUGCUCUCAUGGCCGUUGCCAUACGAUGAACAUCUUCAUAAUCACGCUGCCUUCGGAGAUGAAAAAUUCGCAGGAGGCGCGAAGAGAUGGACUUUGCUGCGUAAACGCGUAAUUCAACAUAAUCUUCGCGUUCUAAGUGAACACUACAGCGUGAUUGAACUGCAGCGGGUUGCUUCUUUGCUUGGCAUUGACGAAGAGGAGGCAGAGAAGGAGUUGUCUGAAUUAGCGAGCGGUGAAGUGCUAGAUGCGAAGAUCGAUCGACCUGCACGUACAGUCGCCUUCGGCAAACCUAAAACAGAUUUGGUGGUUUUAGAUGAAUGGUCUUCUUCCUUGUCUAAGUACGUCUGCCUCAGGCUGUUAGACAAAGUGGAUUUGUGCUGCCACAUGAUUCAAAAAGAGAGAAUGGUGCAUGCUGCGCGUGCGAAGGCUGCAGCAGCAAACGCCAGGAUCGCCUCUUAA